AUGGAUCCCGAUAAAUUAAUCAGUCUCGUAUAUGAGAAUAGGUGUUUGUGGGACAUGAGUGAAAAAAAUUACCACAACAGAGAUAUUUCUCGGCAAAAGUGGGAGAAAGUUGCUACAGAACUCAACACUAGCAGCGAAGCAGCCAAAACUAAAUGGCGAGGUCUGAGGGACACGUUUCGCAAGGAAUUGAGCAAGAAUCCUAAAAAACGGAGUGGAGACGAAGGAGGAAUCAUCAAAGAGUCUAGAUGGGUCCAUUUUAAAAGCAUGGAAUUUUUGAAGGACCAAUUUCAAAAAAGACUAUUGCAGGGUAAUGUUUCGAGUGAGACAACAUUUGAUGUAGACACCCAGAAUUCAACUACUACUUUUUCUCCUGAUCCCGAUGAUCCUGAUGAUCCCGAUAAUGAAAACCUGAUGAUAAAAUCUCCUCAAAACACAACGAAUACUACACCACCACAAAACUUAAGUGCUCCUCAGAAAAAAGUUGCCAAAAUGAAUAAUGCUAAUGCGGUUAAACAAUUGAUGAUGCUCGAAGAACAAAAAUUACAAUUUUUCAAAGAAAAGAAUUCAGCUUCUCGAAACGAAGAUCCAGAUUAUCAUUUUCUCAUGAGCUUAUUGCCAUAUUUGAGGAAAAUACCAGAAGAAAGAAAAAUGUUUGUGAGGACUAAAUUGCAACAAGUGUUUUGCGAAGAGGAUCUUUUAGGGGAGUUCAGAGGUCAGCAUACACUACAGCCAACCCACCGUCCACCACCAAGUGUAUCAUCAUGUAGUUCAUCAACGAGUGGUAGUUGGAUUUCACAAGUGGGAACUCCACUGAGUACUACUCAACAUGAAGAUCUUGCUUCGUUUUUUUCAAGUGUAACACCAUAA